AUGCAGUGCUUCAACUUCCUUAAGACCAUGAUGGUCCUCUUCAAUUUGCUCAUCUUUCUGUGUGGUGUGGCUCUGCUGGCUGUGGGCAUCUGGGUGUCAGUUGAUGGGGCAUCCUUCCUGAAGAUCUUUGGGCCACUGUCGUCCAGUGCCAUGCAGUUUGUCAACGUGGGCUACUUCCUCAUUGCGGCCGGUGCUGUGCUCCUUGCUCUUGGUUUCCUGGGCUGCUACGGUGCUCAGACGGAGAACAAGUGUGUCCUCAUGAUGUUCUUCUCCAUCCUCCUCAUCAUCUUCAUUGCUGAGGUUGCAGCUGCUGUGGUUGCCUUGGUGUACACCACAAUGGCUGAGAACUUCCUGACGUUGCUAGUUGUGCCUGCCAUCAAGAAAGACUAUGGUCACCAGCCAGACUUCUCCCAAGUGUGGAACAGCACCAUGGAAGGGCUCAAGUGCUGUGGCUUCACCAACUACACAGAUUUUGAGGGCUCUCCCUACUUCAUGGAAAACAAUGCCUUUCCCCCAUAUUGUUGCAACACCAACACCACAGCCAAUAGUACCUGCACCAUGGAGAAGGCUAAGAAGGAUGCUGUGCAGGGUUGCUUCAAUCAGCUGCUUUAUGACAUCAGAACCAAUGCAGUCACUGUGGGUGGUGUGGCAGCUGGAAUUGGGGCCCUAGAGCUGGCUGCCAUGAUUGUGUCCAUGUAUCUGUACUGCAAUCUGAAAUAA